CGCAGCCGCGGGAGCUGCACUCUCACCGAGACCCAGACGGCUGCAGAAGCCUGGACAACCUCGGGUGUGACGGCACCAUGAACAGCUCCGGCGGCCCCAGGGCCGAGAACGCGAGCCAGGUGGAUGGCGGGGACGGCUGGCAGCCCGAGGCGGUCAUCGUACCGCUGCUCUUCGCGCUCAUCUUCCUCGUGGGCACCGUGGGCAACGCGCUAGUGCUGGCGGUGCUGCUGCGCGGCGGCCAGGCAGUCAGCACCACCAACCUGUUCAUCCUCAACCUGGGCGUGGCCGACCUGUGUUUCAUCUUGUGCUGCGUGCCCUUUCAGGCCACCAUCUACACCCUGGAUGGCUGGGUGUUCGGCUCCCUGCUCUGCAAGGCCGUGCACUUCCUCAUCUUCCUCACUAUGCACGCCAGCAGCUUCACGCUGGCCGCUGUCUCCUUGGACAGGUAUCUGGCCAUCCGCUACCCGCUGCACUCCCGGGAGCUGCGCACUCCUCGAAACGCGCUGGCAGCUAUCGCGCUCAUCUGGGGACUGUCGCUGCUCUUCUCCGGGCCCUACCUGAGCUACUACCGCCAGUCGCAGCUGGCUAACCUGACCGUGUGCCACCCAGCGUGGAGCGCGCCUCGCCGCCGCGCCAUGGACCUCUGCACCUUCGUCUUCAGCUACCUGCUGCCGGUGCUGGUCCUGAGCCUGACCUACGCGCGCACCCUGAGCUACCUUUGGCGCGCUGUCGACCCGGUGGCCGCAGGCUCAGGUGGUAGGCGCGCGAAGCGCAAGGUGACGCGCAUGAUCCUCAUCGUGGCUGCGCUCUUCUGCCUCUGCUGGAUGCCGCACCACGCGCUCAUCCUCUGCGUGUGGUUCGGCCGCUUUCCGCUCACGCGCGCCACUUACGCGCUGCGAAUCCUCUCGCACCUGGUCUCCUACGCCAACUCCUGCGUCAACCCCAUCGUUUACGCGCUGGUGUCCAAGCACUUCCGCAAGGGCUUCCGCAAGAUCUGCGCUGGCCUGCUGGGCCGCGUCCCGCGCCGAGCCUCGGGCCGUGUGUGCGUUGCCGUGCCGGGCAACGUGCUGGAGCACGAGUCCACCGACCUGACGCACGUGAGCGAGGCGGCCGGGCCGCCAGCCCCUGUCUCAGCGUUCCCCAGCCAUACACCCCUGAGCCCGGUCCCUGGCCCUUCUUGGAGGGACCAAAAGGCAGGCGACAGCAUCCUGACAGUUAACGUGACCUGAAGGCACUUAGCUUGGAUGUUUAAAGAGCUGGAGUCAUUGGUCGGGGAUCGCGGGGGAGAGUUUUGUCUGUUAAUAAAGCGAACAGCCCUUUCACUUGCAGUGA